AUGCGAGUGAAAAGCAUUGUCAUUGAUGGAUUCAAGUCGUAUGCCCAUCGUAAAGCGCUUGACGACCUAAGUCCUCAUUUUAAUGCCAUUACAGGUUUAAAUGGAAGCGGUAAAUCAAACAUAUUUGAUGCUAUCUGUUUUGUUAUGGGUAUCACUAAUCUAAAGCGUGUCCGAGCUGAAGAUCCACGGGAACUUAUUUUUCGUGCAGGUACAACAGGUGUUCACGCGGCACGUGUAACGAUUGAGUUUAUAAAUGAUGAUCCUCGCACAGCUCCACCUGGUUAUAGCUGUGAAGAGUACCCUAUUAUCACAGUUGGACGACAGAUAAAGUUGGGUGGAAAACAACAGUUUUUCUUGAAUAACAAUGUCUCUAUGCAAAGUAAAGUAAAACGUUUUUUUGAAAGUAUUAGCCUUAAUGUUGAUAAUCCACAUUUUAUGGUUUUACAAGGAACAGUACAUAAACUCAUCGGAAUGCGUUCACAAGAUAUUCUUUCCCUUAUAGAAGAAGCUGUAGGAACUAAGGCCUUUGACCACCGCCGUCGCACCGCUGAGAGUCUUAUCCGAAGUAAAGAAAAAAAGAUGGAAGAAAUUAAUGAUAAUAUUGAAACCCAAAUUGGUCCCAUGUUACGUGCGAUGAAGGCGGAUCAGGAUGAGUAUGAGCGAUAUCUACAGAUGAGUGAAAGUAUAGAAGAGAGACGACGAUUUCGCAUCGCCUUUGAGUAUGAGGAGCAUCGAAAAGAAUUAGCCCAUCGAAGUGAGCGGCGUUCUGCGCUGGAGGCGGAUGUCACCUCCGCAAAAGAACAAUUGCAGUGUUUACCCACCACUGAAGAUGCGGCCACCAGGCGACUUAUGCAGCUGCAAGGCUCUUUGGCCGCCCCAGCGGAGGCGGCGGUCGCCCUGCACGAGGAAGAGAGUGAACUGAAGCGACAAGUCGUACGGGAUGAGGCACGUGUGGAAGGAGAGAAAAAAGCGCUACGUACUUUGGAAUCUUCCGUACAAAAACUAGAAGAUGAGAAAAAACAACAACAAGGUCGUAUGGAACAAUUUGCAGAAAAACGAAAACAACGAGAAGAACUAUUAGAACGCCUUCGUACAGAAAAAGAGAAUAUUGCAAAACUAAAACGAUCUCUAGAAUUACAUAUCUCUGGAGUACGAGUAGGUACAUCUGGUAUGUCUUUAGAAGAAGAACGUGCAGAUAUUGAUCGUCAACUCAUUCAUCAUGGUGCCGAAUUACGACGCUGUGAAGAGCGAAUAAAAGAACUUGAACGUCAAUUACAACAAGAAGCAGAAAAGACAGCAUCUCGGGCUAAUAUAAUUGCGAAACUUGAAGAAGAAGUCUCUCAAGCACGUGAACGAUUUGAUGCGGUAGCAAAGCCAUAUACAGCAGUAGCUCCUCUUGAAGGACGAGCGCGUACUUUACAAGAAGAAAUUGUACGACUUAAAGCUGAACAUUGGAAAGCUUUUGAUGCUUUAAAACGUGAAAUGGCUAAUGUUGGUGGUGGACGAAGUUUUGAUGUGGAAUUUGAUAGACGUUCUUGCCCUGAUGUUGAACAACAUAUUCACGGUCGUGUUGCGGAACUUAUAACCCCACAAGAUGAGAAAUAUGCAUUAGCAUUAAUGGUAGGAGCCCAAACACAGUUGUUACGUGUUGUGGUAACAAGUGAUGAUAUUGCGGAAAAAAUUAUACGUAGUGGAUUACGUCAACGUACUAGUUUUCUUCCUCUUAAUAUGAUACAACCUCCAAAAGGUAUUGAUCAUAUACGUUUAGAAGAAGCAAAGAAAAUAGCUGCUCGAAUGGGAGGAUUUCUAGCUAUUGCGAAAGAUUUAACCAUUGUAAAGAAUGAAGCUCAUCGUAUUGUUGCAGAUUCUGUGUAUGGACAAUUUCUUAUAUGUUCUUCUUUAUCACUUGCACAGGAAUUAGCUUACAAUCCUGCUGUUCGGUGUAAAGCCGUCUCAUUAGAUGGUGAUGUGGCUGAACCUAAUGGUCUUAUAACAGGUGGUUCAACACAGCAAUUGCGGGAUAUCUUUGCUGAGGUUCGCGUGUAUCAACAACAGAAAGCCCCAGUGGAAGAAUUACGGUUAAAAAUUGCACAAAUGGAAUCUGAAAUGGAAACGGUACAAGAACAGUUACGUCAGCAAACUCCUUUAAUUAAACGUUACAAGGAAGCAGAAGAAGCGUUUGGAUUGGCAGUUCACAAACUUCAACUUGAGCAAGGUAAUACAGAUAGACGUGGUGUAGAGUUAAACAAAACACUCGAAGAGGAACGUCUUAAACGUGAAAAAUCCGAUACCACUCUACAAGAAUUAAAUAAACGAAAGGAAACAUUAGAAAAACACAUGAAACAAGAUCCUGAUAAGGCACGUAAGGAAUUACAAGAACAACUUGUAGAGGCUCAGAAGCGACACAGUACACUUGUACGUGAAGAGGAAGCGGGAGCGGCAGAAUUUGAAUGGCUUGAAGCCGAUACAGCUCAAAUCGCAGAUGAUUUGAAACGAAAAAUGUCAGAGGCACAAGAAGAGAUACAACAACGACAAAUGGCACUAGAACAAGCUCAACAACAAUUACAAGGGACAAAUGAAAAAUUACAAGAUGUGAUUGAACGUCGAAAACGUACAGAAGAACAACGUCAACGACUGGAAAAAGAAAUAGAAGAAGUACAACAAGAACUUCAACAACUUGUGGUAAAAAAAUCAUCCCUUGAAGGAAUUGUAAAAAAUGCGGAAGUAGAUUUACGAGACUCUUCAAAGGUAAUAGAAGAACUAAGUAAAGCCAUUCAUGAGGCAGAAAAACGUCAUUCAUGGAUUUUAGAUGAACGACAUACAUUUGGUUCUUCUGAUGGAAAUUAUUAUUUUAAUGAUAAGGCAAGAACAGCUGCCACUUUGCAAGAAUUACGUGAAGCGGAGUCUCAAGCUGCUGUGAUGUCAAAGAGAUUGAAUCGUAAAGCCACUAUUCUUUACGAAGAACGAAAGAAGGAAUAUGAUGAACUUGUACAACAACGUUCAGCAUUGGGUGAAGACAGAGAUGCUAUUCAACAGUGUAUUCUUGGUAUAGAAGAAAAAAAAUGGCAAGCACUUGAUCGUAUGGUAAAAGUUGUAAGUAGCGUCUUUUCAAAACUCUUCUCUACUUGUUUACCUGGGGCAGCAGCAGUACUACGGGAAGAGCGGGAUGAUCAACAGCAUCUCUGUGGUUUGCAAGUAAAGGUUAUGUUUAAUGGUAAGGAAAAGGAAUCGUUAUCGGAAUUAAGCGGUGGACAACGUUCAUUGUUAGCUCUUUGUCUUAUUCUUGCAAUCCUUCGAGUACGUCAGGCGCCAAUGUAUAUUCUUGAUGAAGUCGACGCCGCACUGGAUCCAAGUCAUACACAAAACAUUGGACGUAUGUUACAGACUCAUUUCCCUACUUCUCAAUUUUUACUUGUAUCGCUUAAGGAUGGAAUGUUUAACAAUGCGGACGUUCUCUACCAAGUAAGUAAUACGCAAGGGUAUUCGGAGAUUACACGUAUCGAAUCUGGGUCGAUGCGUAGUUAA